ACUGCCUCCCCCACCUCCCGCCCAGGCUGCAGCGAGAGGGGCGACCCCCGAAAGUUGCGCGGAGGCGAGAGCAAUGAGGCAAGAGAGAAGUUUUUAAAAACAGAAAAAUGUGAUUGCAUAAACAUCGUUGUUGGCAGGAGGACUCAGUGGAUUCAGAUACAACUGUAAGUGCUGCCUGUAUGAAAGAGCUGAGCCACACCAUCCAGUAAACUGUCUAGAGCAGCAGUUGGCUUGCUUGGAAAUCACUUCCAGGACUGUGUUGUAAGUUGCUCCAACUGAGGUGCCAGAACACUGCCCUACAGAACUUUGGAGGGUUACUUCUUAAUGGAUUGCUGCAGCCUUUUAAUUUCUCCAUUGAUCCUGUUCCCUGCAUCGUGAGAACAUUUCAGCCAGCACAGAACCUAGAAAAGUUACAUGGUGUGAACGGCAUGUCUGUGGAUGAGAAGACUGACUCCCCCAUGUAUGUGUAUGAGUCAACGGUGCACUGUACCAAUAUUCUCCUCUGCUUAAAUGACCAGCGGAAGCAGGACAUUCUCUGUGACGUGACGCUGAUCGUGGAGGGGAAGGAGUUCCGCGCCCACCGGGCUGUGCUGGCUGCCUGCAGCGAGUACUUCUUGCAGGCCUUGGUUGGGCAGACGGAAAAUGACCUGGUGGUCAGCCUGCCGGAAGAGGUCACUGUCAGGGGAUUUGGUCCAUUGCUACAGUUUGCCUACACUGCUAAGCUGUUACUCAGCAGGGAAAACAUCCAGGAGGUCAUCCACUGCGCUGAGUUCCUGCGCAUGCACAACCUGGAGGACUCCUGCUUCAGCUUCCUUCAGACACAGCUGCUGAACAACGAAGAUGGCCUGUUCCUGUGCAAAAAAGAUACCACCUGUCAGCGCAUGCACGAUGAGGAGAACUCCGAUGGAGAUGAGGAGGAGACGAUGGAAUCGGAGACGUCAAAAAUAUCUUGCCCAAGGGAGAGGAUGCACCAAGAACCCUUCAAUUUUGAAACCACUGUUGCUGGAGCAGACAAAAGCGAAGGGAUGCUGCCCGACUCCAACAUGCUGAGAGAUAGCAAGGACAAUUUGGAUAAAGAUGCAGUAACACGGUACCCCAGAUACAAGAAAUACCAGCUUGCUUGUACCAAGAAUGUCUACAACACAUCACACAUCAGUACCUCAGGUUUUGCAAGCACAUUCAGUGAAGAGAGCUCUGGAAAUGGCCUCAAAUCAGGACUUGCUAUGGGGCAGAUAAAAAGUGAGCCUCAGAAUGAAGAGAACGAUGAAGAAAGCAUCACGCUUUGCCUGUCUGGAGAUGAACCUGAUAUCAGGGAUAAAGAAGGAGAUGUUGAAAUGGACAGGAAACAGCCAAGCCUCACUUGUGUCGACAGGCCAAAAAGUGGGUCUUCUCCUUCUUGCUUGCGGUCUUUCUUCAACAGAACAAAAAGCAUAGAUUUGGUUGGCUUCCCCAGCACUUCCCAGCAGCACUUUGGCAGGAGUCCAGCAUGCCCUUUUGAAAAAGGGACAACUCAGGGUGACCACAAAACUGAUUAUGUCCCUUUCACAGGGAACUAUGGACAGUCCCAUGCCAUGCAGAAGGAUGCUUCCAACUUCUCAGUGGGAUCACCACUCAGGGGGCCUGGCUUUGAAACUCUCUGUAAGCAAGAAGGGGAACUGGACAGGAGGAGUGUUAUAUUCUCUUCAAAUGCUUGUGACCAAGUAAACACUUCGGUGCAUUCAUAUUCUGGUGUGAGCAGCUUGGACAAAGACCUCACUGAGACUGUGCCAAAGGGUCUGUGGGCCGGCGGUAGCCAGUCUCUCCCCAGCUCUCAGACCUAUUCGCACAGCGGACUGACAGCCGAUCACUUGCCGGGAAGGAUGCGGCCGAACACCAGCUGUCCGGUGCCAAUUAAAGUUUGCCCUCGCUCUCCUCCUCUGGAAACCAGAACCAGGACCUCCAGCUCGUGCUCUUCCUACUCGUAUGCAGAGGACGGCAGCGGCGGCUCUCCCUGCAGCCUGCGGCUUUGCGAGCUCUCCUCUUCCCCUUGCUCCCAAGGCCCCCGAUUCCUGGCGCCGGAGCACCAGGAGCCCGGCGUGGUGGGGGACGGAUUGUACAACCCGGUCCGAGCCCAGAUUAAAUGUGAGCCAUCCUAUGGAACAAACUCCAGCGAUGAGUCUGGGUCAUUCUCAGAAGCAGACAGUGAAUCAUGUCCUGUGCAAGACAGAGGGCAUGAGGUGAAACUUCCUUUUCCUGUUGAUCAAAUCACAGAUCUUCCAAGGAAUGAUUUCCAGAUGAUGAUAAAGAUGCACAAGCUAACCUCAGAGCAGCUGGAGUUCAUCCACGAUGUCCGCCGGCGCAGCAAGAACCGGAUUGCAGCUCAGCGCUGCCGCAAGAGGAAGCUGGACUGUAUUCAGAACCUCGAAUGUGAAAUCCGCAAGUUGGUGUGUGAGAAAGAGAAAUUGCUCUCAGAAAGGAACCAGCUGAAAGCAAGCAUGGGAGAAUUGUUAGACAACUUCUCGUGUCUUUCCCAAGAAGUGUGUAGAGACAUGCAGAGCCCAGAACAGAUCCAAGCCCUCCACCGAUACUGCCCCGUUCUCAGACCCAUGGAUCUACAGCCGGUCACCACCAUCAGCCCCGCCCCAGCUGGUGUGGAGCAGAGCCUGGUGACCUCCCAGUGCGUCGGGGAGAGCAUGCAGUGCUGCUCGGAGCAAGGCUCAGUGCAGCUGGGAGCACCCUGGCUGCCCAACAACAUCUCGGAAAAUUGUUCGGCUGGCGCGGGAUUGGAUGGAGCCGACGCAGGUACUUACCCCGAGAGAGAGCUUCCACCAGAGCAGAGCAGCCAGACGGUCACGGUAGACUUCUGUCAGGAAAUGACUGAUAAAUGUACAACAGAUGAACAACCUAGGAAAGAUUACACCUAGUGACUCGUAACCUUAAUGUUACACCUGGUCAGGUGUUCUUCAGUCAGCCAGUGGCAGUGUUCAUUUGUUGUCUAGAAGAACGUAUUUGGUGCACACUACAGUGGUCUUAGCAGCAAUACUGUUUUUAAGUAUUCCCUCCUCUCUACAAGCAGGAGUUCUCUUCACAAUGGUGCUAUCCCUUGCUCAGGCAGGGAACGAAGCAGUGGCAACACUGUCUGUUUUUGUAUGUUGAUUUCAAUCUUAACAGGGAUGGACAUAACACCUCUGAGGACCCAACCGCAGCUUUUUUCUCAGUGGCCCAUGUCACAAAACCCUAACUCAGGAAUUUCCUCUGAAUGUUCAAUUUUUCAUUGAAGACAGCUUCUUUACACAUCAAAGUUUUAUAGCUAAACUGUACAUAUUAUAUAUAAUAUAUAUAAAAUAUAUAUAUCCAUAUGCAAGAGUCCCUGCAUGCCUCAAUUUUCUCAUCCUACAAACUGGAAGCUUUCAUUUCUAUUGUACAAACAAGUUCCAACAUUCCUUUUUGUCUUUGAUGCUAGAACUAGUUUGGUAACUUGUUACACGAUAAUUUUUUCCUCAGUUCGCCGUUCAGCAAUAGCAUUCACUUUGUACUUAUUUAUAAAACUUUAAUGUCGGAAACUUAUUUGAGAUUUUAUUAUAGACAAUUUUUUUGGCACAGCCAUUUCGUGCCACUUGAGCAAUGUGGAGCUAUUUUAUUUUCUUGCAGAUACUGUACAGUAAUGGUCAACUUUGCCACUUGCACUGAG